AUGAGGCUCGAUAACCUUCCGCGGAUUUUUCUCCUCCCAACACAUUUAAAACCUGAAGAACUGCACGAGCUCGAAGAUCGAAUUCCAACAUUGACGUAUGACAUCAAUGAGGCCGAGAUCGUGCUCGGAAAGAUAUCGCAGCAAAGACGCGCCGAGUUUGAGCUGAGAAGGGCAAAAUUCGAGUUUGCCUCUGUAAAGGAACCUCAAACGGAGAGCCAUCAAGUUGAUUCUCCAGCUGUGUCGGAUGACUCGGGCGGUAGCCCAGAUCCCAAGCGGAGGAGAGUCAAAGAACAAACCGAAUUUGGGACAGACAUAGUCAAAGUUGUUAAACUUUCAUGGCUCCUAGACUCGUGGGAGAAGGAAGAACUCUUACCCGUGGACCACUACUUGAUCUUCCAGUGUAAUCGAGUCUUGCCUCGUGAGACAACACCUGCACCUGUAUUACCGAAAGGCUCUACUUCACCGGCAAGUAGUGUUCUGGAGCGUGCCUUUCUUGAGCAGAAAGCGCAGUCAACAAGCAUAUCGCCAUCUAAUCGGCACAAAAGGCGUCAUGAUGCCUCGGCAACAUUAUCGCAAAAUGCACCUAGUCUCCUUCAUCAAACGACAUCGGAACACGAUAUCACGCUGCCUGUGAUACCCGAAUUUCUGAGAACCACGUAUUCAUGCGAGCGACCGACAUAUAUGAACCCACCGAAUGAAGCGUUUGUGAAUAUCCUCACUGAGAUACGGACCAUUCGUCGACUCCGAGAGGAUGAGGUUGGUGUAAGAGCUUACUCCACAUCAAUUGCUUCGAUCGCUGCGUACCCUUACGUACUUAGGAAUGCCCAAGAAGUUGCGCGAUUGCCAGGUUGCGGUGAUAGAAUCGCCGAAUUAUGGCAUCACUGGAAGGAGACAGGCGAAUCAGUAGAAGUACGCGAGGCCAACGCCGACCAUAAAAUCACAGUCCUCCAACUCUUUUACAACAUAUGGGGGGUUGGGGCUGUCACCGCCCGCGAAUUCUAUCAAAAGGGAUGGAGAGAUCUAGAUGAUCUGGUCGAAUUCGGAUGGAACACGCUCAGUCGUUCGCAGCAACUUGGAGUCAAAUUUUACAACGAGUUCUCGCAGGGGAUCCCCCGGGACGAAGUCGCGACCAUUGCUGCUGCAAUACUGGAACACGCCCGACUGAUCGACCCAGGAUUUGAGAUGGUCAUUGUGGGUGGUUAUCGGCGAGGCAAGCAACUAUCUGGCGAUGCUGAUGUUGUUUUGAGCCACCGAAAUGAGAACAAAACACUGAAUGUGAUAACCAAGAUCGUCGUGGCUCUCGAAAAGGCCCAACUUAUCACACAUACACUGACACUAUCGACUCACAACUCUGAUCGAGGGCAGCGCCCGGUAUCUUGGAAAGGGGAAAAGUCCAACAGCUCAGGCUUUGACACACUCGACAAGGCUUUGGUAGUCUGGCAGGACUCCAGCAAAAAUGCUACGCCGCAUCGACGGGUCGACAUCAUUAUCAGUCCGUGGAAGACGGUGGGCUGCGCAGUAUUAGGUUGGAGUGGCGGCACAACAUUCCAGAGAGAUGUUCGACGCUAUUGCAAGAAAGUCAAGGGUUACAAGUUCGACAGCAGUGGAAUACGGCGCCGAGCAGAUGGCAGAUGGGUCGACCUUGAAGGAACCUCUGGAGGCGAUGAAGCCCCUGAUAUGGAAACAGCAGAACGGAGAGUCUUUGCAGGGUUGGGUCUCCAAUGGCGGUCACCUGAAGAGAGAUGCACUGGAUGA